AUGAGCGUCUCUAGUUGUUGUCAAGAUAAAGAAACACUAUUUUGCUUAGAUUGGGGUAACAACAAAAACCAAUGCCACACUUGUAAACCAAAGGGAAAACCAUGUUAUCCGGGAACUUUACAGAAUGAUAAAUGUUGUAAUGAUUGUGAUUAUAAAAAUACCGUUUGUAAAUAAAGAUGAGAAAGAAUGUGUGGAGGAUCUAAAAAGAUUUAAAAAGAGAGGAUUUUCUAUUAAUUUUCCAAUUUUCUUUUAUUUCAUAUAUAAUAAUGGGCAAUUAAACGCGAAAAAUGUAUUUUUAAUUAAAACAAUCGGGACUUUUUUUUUCAAAAAAAAUAA